AUGGUGGACGCAGGCAAGGCGCUCAAGAAGGCGUCACGCAAGCCGCGAGAGAAGGAUGACUUCAUGCAAGAAGGAGCGCUGCCGUCCACGUCCUUCAACACGACAAAGAUCCAGGAUGCGUUCAGGAACCCCUCGGGCUCCUCGUCGGCAAUCCCAGAGGCUCACAAGCUCGUUGCGCCUCAUAUCGAAUCUUUCAACGAGCUCUUCAUCUCGCCCGAUCUUGGGGGCGUCAGCUUGCUCGACAUGGCCGUCGCAGACGUUGCAACAAAGACGAUUUUUGAUGGCGACAGACGUGACAAGGGCAAAGCAGUCGACAGAGGCUACCAUCCUCUGCUGGGCAAUCGUCUAGACUUGUCCAUCUCUGGCUUCACCGUUGCGAGUCCUAUGCAGCCACAGUCCUCAUUCAUGCAGGACAAUCCGCGCUACUACCCUGCAGACGCACGAGAGCGCAUGGAGACUUACGCUGGCGAAAUGAGUUGCAAGCUGAUUUGGGCUGUCAACGGCGAGCCAGUGCACUCGGAGCUGAAGAAGCUUGGCAUGUUGCCCAUCAUGGUCAGAUCGGAGCGUUGCCAUCUCAAGGGUAUGGCGCCCGCCGCGCUCGUCAAGCACCGCGAAGAAGCAGAGGAACUCGGCGGCUAUUUCAUCAUCAACGGCAAUGAGAAGAUCAUUCGGUUUCUCAUUGUCCCUCGGCGAAACCACGUCAUUGCGCUGAACCGACCUUCAUUUGGCAAUAGAGGCAAGCUCUACACAGCCUAUGGCGUACAGAUACGAUCAGUCCGACCAGAUCAAUCGGGUCUUACGUCUACGCUGCACUAUCUCAAGAACGGCUGCCUGCACUUGCGCUUCAGUUGGCGCAAGAACGAAUACAUGAUUCCGCUCAUGAUGAUCUUGAAAGCGCUCCUCGACGAUGAAGCCUCCGAUAAGAACAUCUAUGCUGGCAUCAUGCAAAACGACUUUGCGAAUACAUACUACUCCGAUCGAGCAGAGCUCCUGCUGCGAACAUUCAAAGACUAUGGUCUACGAAGUGGACGACAAUGCAGAGCGUAUCUUGGCAAGUCCUUCCGAAUCGUACUCGGCUGUCCAGAGGACUGGUCGAAUGAACGCGUUGGUCGUUUCCUCCUCGAAAGGAUUGUGCUCGUUCAUCUCGACGAGCCAGCAGACAAGUUUCGGAUGCUACUUUUCAUGGUCAGAAAGCUUUACGCCCUGGUCGCUGGCGAUUGCUGCGCAGAUAACCCAGAUUCGCCCCAGCAUCAAGAGAUACUGAUGCCUGGCUUCUUGUAUGCUACCAUCAUCAAAGAAAAGCUGUCCGAGUACCUCGAUGCGAUCGCGACCCAAUUCCGCAUCGACAUGCGGAGACAAGCCGUUGGCGCAACCUUUGAGGACACCAAAUGGGUCAGGUCGAUCUUCGCCAAAGUUUCGCCCAACAUUGGUACAAAAAUCUCGACAUUCCUAGCUACCGGCAAUCUCGUCAGCAGCUCGGGACUCGAUCUCCAGCAAGCGAGCGGCUUUACCAUCGUCGCGGAGAAGCUCAAUUUCUUACGAUUCAUCAGUCACUUUAGAUGUGUGCACAGAGGCGCUUUCUUUGCCGAGCUAAAGACGACAACCGUGCGAAAGCUCUUGCCAGAAGCCUGGGGCUUCUUGUGCCCUGUUCAUACGCCCGAUGGAAGCCCUUGUGGCCUACUCAACCACUUUGCUCACAAAUGUCUGCUCGUGUCUUCUGCAGCCAAGACAGACCAUCUGGCCGGCUUGCUGUCUAGCAUGGGAAUGACUCAGCCUUUCGAGCGUCGUAUCAGUGGAAAGACCAAUGUGUGCGUCCAAUUAGACGGCCGCAUCAUUGGUUGGGCAACGCCAGAUACGUGCGAGAGGAUAGCGAUCGCAUUGCGCCGAUUCAAGACUGAAGGACGACACAAAGUGCCUCGCGACCUCGAAGUUGGCCUCGUACCUCCCUCGUCCGGCGGACAGUAUCCUGGUCUAUUUCUCUUCUCGACCCGAGCACGCAUGAUGCGACCAGUGCGACUGCUUGCGAACGGACAGGAAGAGCAUAUCGGUCCCUUUGAGCAAGUCUAUCUCAAUAUUGCCUGCACGGCGGAUGAAAUAGAAGCUGGCGUACAUAGCCAUGUCGAGUUCGCUGCGACCAAUGUGCUCUCUGUCCUUGCGAAUCUGACGCCUUUCUCAGACUACAAUCAGAGUCCGCGUAAUAUGUACCAGUGUCAGAUGGGCAAGCAGACGAUGGGCACGCCCUCGACCGCUUUAACGCACAGAACGGACAAUAAGCUGUAUCGCAUUCAGACUGGCCAGACACCGAUCGUCAGGCCGGCGCUGCAUGACACCUACGGCUUCGACGGCUAUCCUAACGGCUUCAAUGCAGUCGUGGCUGUCAUUUCAUACACUGGCUACGACAUGGAAGAUGCAAUGAUCAUCAACAAGUCAGCCUACGAGCGUGGCUUUGGCCAUGGCUCGGUCUACAAGUCGCACACCCUAGAGCUUGCGUCUGCCAAGGGCGCAGAGGGUAGCGCGCCAAAUCGAGGGCAGAACCUGAUCUUCGGCUUUGGUGCGGAUGUGCCGGCUUCGCAUACAGCGCGACAACGUCUCGAUGGUCGAGGCAUACCUCAUCCCGGCAUGCUUGUCAGGCGGGGCGACAUCUACGCCGCGUAUUACAAUACAACCACAAAGCGAACGCACUACGACAAGUAUGAGAGUGACGAAGAAGCUUACAUUGACACUGUCAGGCUCAUCGCUGGCAAUAUAGCCUCGAAUGAGGGCAAGCUCAUCAAGCUACAUCUUAUGCUUCGUAUCGUUCGUCGGCCAGAAAUCGGCGACAAGUUCUCUUCUCGACAUGGCCAGAAAGGCGUCUGCUCCCAGCGCUUCCCUGCGAUCGACUUGCCAUUCAGCGAAUCUGGAAUGCAGCCAGACGUUAUCAUCAAUCCUCACGCUUUCCCCAGUCGGAUGACUAUCGGCAUGCUCAUUGAGAGUCUUGCUGGCAAAGCCGGUGCAUUGCAUGGUUUUGCGCAGGACGCUACUCCGUUCUGCUAUUCCGAAGAUGACACGCCUCAAGCGUAUUUCGGCGAGCAGCUCAAGGCAGCCGGCUACAAUUACCACGGCAACGAGCCCAUGUAUUCUGGCAUCACCGGCGAAGAGUUCAAGGCGGACAUCUACCUCGGUAUGGUCUAUUACCAACGCCUGCGUCACAUGGUCAGCGACAAGUACCAAGUGCGGACUACCGGUCCCGUUGACAAGGUCACGCGUCAGCCGGUCAAAGGUCGAAAGAAAGGCGGUGGCAUCCGAUUCGGAGAGAUGGAGCGCGAUGCCUUACUCGCCCAUGGCACAUCAUUCUUGCUUCAAGAUCGUCUGAUGAACUGCUCAGACUAUUCGACUGCAUGGGUCUGCCGGACGUGUGGUAGCUUGAUCUCACUUGGGUAUGAUGAUCAAUCGUACGGAACGGAAGUCGGAUUGUCCGGCGACCUGCACGAAUCCGGUCCGAAUGGACAAUAUUGCCGCGUUUGUCGCGCAGAAGAGAUCAAGCAGAAGAACGCUUGGCUUGACGAGCAGCCUAAAUUGCCGCUCGUCCAGCACCGCGUGACUGCGAUCGGCAAAGGCAAAGUAGUCGAGCGCAGGGGACAGAUGGACCUCAUCGCUGUGCCUUUCGUAUUUCGCUAUCUCUGUGCAGAGCUUGCUGCGAUGGGCAUCUCGCUCAGUAUCGAUGUUGCCUAG